AUGGAGAAGUCCAGCAGUGAGGAGUCAGCCAUUCACCGUAGCCCUUCUGUAGAUAGCCGUGACUCCGAUUUUGCUCAAGCCUCCACGUCUGGCCGCCCGUUUGGUGGCCGUGGGUUUACUGCCGGUGCUUUCUACGGCUCCACGGGGCCACGCAAAAACGCACAGCAGGGGCAGCCUGGAGCAGCAGCUGACGCCAGCACAGGAGACAAGUCCAACAAGCCCAGCUCACCCAAAGGCAGCAAAUACGUAGUCUUUUACCUGGAUCUAUCCUUUGUGUUCCUUUUAGAAUUCAAGAAGUGCAACAUGGCUAGAGGCUGCCUCUGCUGCUUGAAGUACAUGAUGUUCGUCUUCAAUCUCAUCUUCUGGUUAUGUGGCUGUGGGCUGCUCGGCGUGGGCAUCUGGCUCUCUGUGUCUCAGGGCAGCUUCGCCACCUUCUCUCCCUCAUUCCCCUCACUGUCGGCUGCCAACAUGGUCAUCGCCAUCGGCGCCAUUGUCAUGGUAACAGGCUUUCUCGGUUGCCUGGGUGCCAUCAAGGAGAACAAGUGCCUGCUUCUGAGCUUCUUCAUUGUCCUGCUGAUAAUUCUCCUGGCAGAGCUGAUAUUGCUUAUCCUGUUUUUUGUGUACUCAGAUAAGGUGAGUGAGAAUGCUAAACAGGAUCUGAAGGAUGGACUGGCUCUCUACAACUCAGAAAACAACAUAGGCCUGCGAAAUGCCUGGAACAUCAUCCAGGCAGAGUGGAAGUGCUGCGGCGUGAUAGCAUACACCGACUGGCACGAGGCAUUCAAAGAGAAAGUAGUCCCUGACCGCUGCUGCCAGGAGCAUUACCAGAACUGUGGACGUAACUCCACCAACAUGUUCUGGAACAGGGGCUGCUACGAGAAAGUGGAGGAAUGGCUGGAUGAAAACAAGCACCUGCUGGGAACCAUAGGCAUGGUCAUCUUGGUAGUGCAGCUCCUGGGCAUGGCGUUCUCCAUGACGCUGUUCCACCACAUCCACAGAACGGGGAAGAAAUAUGACGCUUAGCCUUGGGGGGAGGCACCCAAAGGAGAGGAGCCCCACUGCCUGAUGGGAUAAGACUCUGAUUGAAACACCCAUACUUCCCCCACUCACUUUAUAACCUCUUUAAAGCAUCCUUUGCCCCUGCGCCAUCCCAGAUCUUCUGUACAGAUUCCAGCUGUGUCCCCACUCUGUUCUGCUCUCUCCUCUCACCAUUCAUUUUGCCAAAGAGUAACACAUCUGAAGAGAAGGGACACCUACUUUUGGCAAGAAAGAGAAUCCCAUUGGUUGUCACUCCUCUUGAGUACUUUUUUUUCUCUUUUGUCUUUUUUUUUUGGCUUGGACUAACAAUUUGCUGGAAGGAAGGAAAGACUUUGAGACACUGAAGACUUUACUAAUGCCCACACACACCCCACACUGAAGCAAAGCAAACAUAUGAAACUGAUAAUACCCUCCACCUCUUGUGGAGUUUUUUUUUUUUUUUCUUUUUUUUCAAGCCCCCCUUUUCCUUUGUAAAUGAAAAAGUUCCAUCAUGGCAUGCUAGUUUUCUACUUCACUGAUUUACCUUUGUCGUCAAAAUGUCAAACAAUUUCAUUUUUUCUUUUUUCUUCCUUUUUUGUAAGCAUGUCAUCAACGCUCCUGUGGAUUGUAAGUGUUGAAUAGAUCAGUGCAAUGAGCUGUAAGACAUGCAGUGUGUGUGGGGUUGGGUUUGAAGUGACGCUGCGGAGGGGCACAGAUAUGUCAAUAUAUGGUGUUUAAUGUAAUCCAUGAUUUAUAUUUUUUACAUUUGGCUAUAGAGAUUUGGGUAAAGUGAGCGUGCUGGAGGAAAAUCAUGUAUGAUUGGGUAACAAUCAGUGGAUUAAUUUAAUGGCAAAUACUGCAAUAUCCUGUGAAUAAUAAAUUACAACACAACAUUCUGCCGGUGAACACACACACACACACACAGAAACACACACUUGUGCUGCCACACAGCAGCAGUAUUCCCAUUCCCUAUGAGACAAUACAAAUGGUGUAAAAUGGCUGCUUAUUAGGGCUCCACCAGGACUAUCAAGAUCUGAGUAAUGAAGUUCCCCCUUUGAGAAUACAGACUGUAUUGUUUGUGUGUGUGUGUGUGUGUGUGUUUGUGUGUGUAGCUUUGUGGGUGUAUUUUAUCACAUUGUCCAAGCUGCAAAGCAAAAAAAAAACCACAACGUAGAAAUCCGGAGAAGCAAGGGCACAAGGGGCAAAAAAAGAGCAGACAUGUUGUGUCACUGCUGACAUCAUAUGUGUUAAGUAAGGCAGCUAGAGCCUCUCUCUUCUAUAUUUUUGAGAUCUCAUUCAUUUGGUCUUCCUUCCUCAUUCUUCCUCUUUCUCUGGCUGUCAGCUCCCCUCCGCCUCCAUCUUACUUUUUUCACCCUAAUUUUCUUCCCACGUGUAAGAAAGCAACAAGCUUUUUUUCUCCAGAAGUAUACACAAGCUCUCUGCUGAAAUUCCUGCUCAUCACACAGUUCCACCUCUGGUUUGCAACUUCUCUGCUUAUUCGUAAGCUUUCUUUUCUUGCUGCAAACAGAGAAGGAGGUGGCGGGAGUGUAGGCAGAUCUAAGCUGAGACGGAUAGGUAUGGCAACGUGCCCUGCAGGACAUGUCUGUUUAUGUCAGUUUACCGCCGAUUCGCAGCAGGAGGCCUACGCAUCAACCAGCCUCCGUAAGACUGAAAAUACUCUACAUCUGCAGUAGCGACUUAAAGAAAAUGCCCCCCAGAUGUGUCUGCUCUAGGCUUCAAAAUUUCUCUGUUUAUGCGAGAAGCAGUGGUGUAGAGGACUAGGAUCAUUUUAGCUUUGGUCAUCACUUGGUUAUGGUCAGAUAUCAUUGUUUAUGAUUGCAUUGUACUCUCCAAAGUAAAUGCUGGGACCUGAGACGAUUGCUACAUUAUUUUAGUCCAGUGGGGCAAGAAACAAGCAGUCGUUGAGAGGAGCGUGUCAGAUGAUCAGACAGGCUGUAAACAACAAUGUCUGUAAUAAUCCCUCGUUCCCAGGAAAACUGUGUGUCCGUUCAGUUACAUCAGGAGCAACAGGUAACAACGUUGAACCAGAAAGUCAGUCUGUAAAUUCUGAUCAUUUUCAUCAAACAGUUUAAGUAAUAAUUUUCCUGUCCGCCUUUGUUUUCUCUUACAAAUAAGUUUGGCUAACAAGGGGCUCUGUUUAAAACCUGUACAAUCACUGACUGCUUGUGUUCCUCAGUUUAAUAAUCGGACUGAAUGGCCAUGUUGCUUCAUUUUAAUACUUAUUAUGACAUCAUUUUCAUGUUAGCCAUUUUCUUUUUUCUUUUUUUUUGCCACGAAUCAGAAUUGUGAGUCAUUUUCAGUUCACAAAGAGGCAGUAGUAGGUGCGAGGAGCAGUCAGCAUUUUUCGCAUCGGUCAAAAGAAAAAUGCUGAAUUUGAGGCCCUCUACGCCUGCACAUGUUUCCAGUUGCUUCGACUAAUUAGAGCUCUAGUCGGGUUGAAGUUGGGUGGACCUACUGUAUGCUUGAAAUCAUGUGAUGUUACCAAAAUCUAUGAACUAAUAACCAUGAGAAAGGCGUCAGCUGCCCCGCUGCAACAGGUGCAACAAAACCACGGCAAAGUUAGGGAGCUGUCAAUCAAGUACAGUUUGUACACACUUAAACAGUUUUUGUAAAUUGGUCUAAUGGGUAUUUCUGUUAGUUGACUUAUAACAGCCUGUGCAACUGCGUCAGUCUCAGCCACACUUGUUGCCAUUUAUGUGGGCAGUUUUUUUGUUGAUGCGGCUGUGUCCAAAAUCACGCUCUAGUUCACUCGUCCACUGCUCCCUACAAAAUCCCUCCUCUUCAAAGCUCCAAUUGACUCCGACAAGGGAAACAGCCCUCGAUGACCUAUUCCAAUUAGUGAGAGAGGCCGGGUUGUGGGCAGCAAUUCAAGGAGUCGAGAAUCUGGUUAGGACAAGAAUCUUGUUAGACUUCUUUGUAGAAUUGUUGCCACAUUCCCAGAUCUCAGCAAAGAACUUUGAGUACUCUCACUGAUAGUAAUGGUGGCCAAAACGAAAAAGAAGAAGCCCAUACUGUAAUAAACUGACAUUAUCCUUUAACAGGAGAGGACAGGUGGUCAUUUAUUUGCUGCUAUCCAAAACUGACUACAGAAAUUAUUGGGACCAGAAGUGGCUGCCUUCUCAGACACUGUGCAUUGCCGCUACAUGAACUAACAAAUGACUUGGCAAAGAAAAAAAACCAAAUUAUUACCCACCAAGAUCCACUCAUUGGACGUUCUUCCAGUCUAGCAGAAUGUUUGCCUCAGAGUACUACCACAGGACAUUCUAAGCAUUUUUUUGUAUUGGUUUUCUAAUGACUUCAAAUGAGAGAGACAGUUUAAGGACAAAGGGGCAGGGACUUUGUGCAUCAGGAAGCAGCAGAUUUCUAGGCUGUGAUGUGCAGCGACCCUGCUGGCUGUAAUUCACUGCCUGCCCCCAUAUGCUUCGACUCCUCUUGUUGCGUCCACGGGGGGAACAUGACAGCUGCUGAUGUACAGCACAGGCACGAGUGGUCACGUCUCCUUGCUUGGCUGCCUCCACAAGCACUCCGCACAUCCCUUAUUUACUGCCUCACUCUGCAGACACCCGGCAGUACAUAUACAGUAGCUGCCAGCACUGACACUGUAGAAAUACAGCUGUGCUCUUUGGACGCCGCGAAGCAGCUGUGAGGUACUUCUGCACCUGGGAGAGGUUAUCGGAGGAAUAGUAACAGUUCUGUAAAUCAGACUGCAAUGUAUCCUCGCUGCAGGGAACAAGUUUUGAACAAACACAAGAUAACCAUUUUGUUGUGGCUUUGUCUUGCAUUGGGUGGAAAAGUGUUUAAACGCAGAUGUUACAGAAAACGACCUAAAGCAAAUCCAGCCUGCAAGCUCUGUAUUUCAUUGCCCCCGACUGAUCUGACUGUGCUGCAAUUCUGAAAUUUUCUCUCUGUGUGCACCUCAUCUCUCCUCUGCCACCAUCACCUAGUUUUCUUGUCAGAGAAAAUGCUCCGUGGUGUUCUUAGAAAGCAGAGAUGAAUGCCAUUUUAACAAAAGCUGUUUAAUGAUGUUAUUUUUGUACACUGGUCGUGGCUGUUUUCAUGUUUGUUUUUAUACAGUAUACUGUUUUUUGUAGGCUGUUUUACUGGUGCUUUUUUUUUUUUGUUCGUUUUUAUUCAUGACAGACUCAUUGUUGCACAUUGUGAUAACAUGACACCAUUAAGCAUUUGUGUCUUAGAGGAUUACUCUUUGCAAUGUUCCUCUUCUAGGUGCAAAAAGGCAUAUCUGUCUUAACAUUGCUACAAGCAGUUAAAGCAAUUAAGUCAGAAUUGAUAGAGAGGGAAAAAUUUGGCAUACAGCAUCAGGUGAAGCCCACAAAAGACAUACUGCACGCUUGUCAACAUGCCUCUCUGUAUUAAGAUCUAGUUUAAUUAAAUUAAGAUGUGCUGCUAUGACUUGCAGUAUGUCUUUUAAAACUGCCAGUGUGAGGCCCAUUAAGUAUUUCUAGAGCAUGUACUAUUAGAUGACAAUAAAACAGAGAGCUAAUGUUGUUACAGUAUACUGUAUCAGCUCUGUACGUUAGCCCUGGAUGUAAAUGCUAAUUUUACAACUGAUGUAACUUACUUUACAUCUGCCACUUGUAAUCACAUUUACAUACAGUUUAUUUACUAUUUUCUGACUUUAACAUGCCUAACAACCCAUACAGUUUUGUACUCAUUUACAGACAUAUCUUCCACCUAUACGUAAUUCAUCUUCUCAUGGUUGAUGCCUGUUUUCUUUUAAAGGACAGGUACAGUAUUUGUCAGUAUGGUCUUCAUAUUUUAUUUGACUGCAUUUGCAUCUUGUGGUAAGACACAUUUCUCCUUAUUUUAUUUAUUUUAUUUUUUUUAAAAGGAGUAUAAAGUAUUCCCUCUCAUCCAUUGAAGCACUCCCAGUAAGCCACAUGCAGUAAUUGGGUUUUGUCUGCUGUGAAGAAUUUUGAGACAUAAAAACUGAUUUUUAAUUUUUUUUUUUUUUGCCACCUUCGACAUAUUAUUUCUGUAAUCUCCUCCUAAUCCUUCCCCUGUGCUAAAGCUGAAUAUCUGAGCAGUGGAAAUGUAUGCUAUAGAAAUGGUGUGUUUGAUGUUGUGUUCUGCUGGGUGGCACUAUCUGAUACCUGCCAGCCUUGUCCUGUGGAGUUUUCUGCUACAUGUGAAAGCACUCUGAACAUCUUUACUAGGUGGUGCACUACCUUCUCUUUCUCUCUAAAUCAACUAUUUUUUAAAUAAAGGAAAGAGUGACACAAAAAUCCCAUGAUACUGUACGCUCAUUGCCUUUCAUGUUUAAUGACUCGAUGCUCCUGAUGUGUUCCUUUUGUAUGUCUCUGUCAAUUAUAUAGAUAGCGUUUAAAAUUGUUUGAUGCUGAAUUUUUGGAGGUUGGGAGACAGGACUUGGCAUGAAGAGCAAAUGAGGCUUUGUCAAAGCAGAUCCCAUGGUAUAUUCAGUGAAAGAGAGUGGCAUCACUGCCUUUAAAUGGCCUCUUUUUAAAAAAAAAAAACAAAUAACAAAACCUGAGGGACUGUUGUCCUGAGGACACUGAGAUGAGUUAAUGGUACUCUGCCAGUUGCGCAAAGGGUUUUUUUUGUGUUUUGUUUUGUUUUGUUUUUUUAAAGAACAAAAGGGAAGAUGAUGAAAGUGGGAACCAUCGCCAAUUUGUCUAAUGUUUCUACAGCAUGGAGUGAGCAGCAGAGUAUUUUUGUAUGGAGAUUUACCCUUUUUUUAACCUAAUUGUUAUCAGGCCCAUGUGUGACAGUGAGUGGAGUUUCUUGUGCCAUUCCAUCCUGGCUUUUUGUUUUACAUCACUGUUCCUUCUAUGCAAUAAUAUGACCUAUUUUAGCCUUUGUACAGAUUAUUUUGUAACAUGUAUUGAAAUAAA